ACAUGGAAGCACUCCAAUAUAUCAAACUCAGGGUCAGCAAAUCGACAAAGGUCACCUCGUCCCUGGGGCCACAUACUCCAGCACUAGAGACAGCGCUUGUUCCACUUAUGUCUACACCAACGCUGUACCCCAAUAUCGUACCUUCAACCGCGGCUUAUGGGCUCAGUUUGAGGCGAGGAUACGAGCGUUCGCUACGCAAUGCACGAGCAAUGGCGGAAGUUUGUACCUGUUGACAGGUACCUCGUUCCUUCACAUUCAAACCACCGCUCCAGGAGUGAACGCACCUCCUGUGGCCCAGUUGGGUCCAGCAGGGAGGCGCAACAUGUGUCCAGCGAUAUCUAUUCCAAAUUCGAUGUGGACCGCUGGCUGUUGUGUGCUUCCAACUGGGGUGCGAAGCUUUGCAGUGUUUGGGAACAACGUACCAAACGCAGCGCAGAGCUUGACUCAGCAAAUGCCCGUUGCAUCACUAGAAAACAUUUUAUUGCAAGAUGUUGUGCAUCACGGCAUGGGGGGACAACCGUUCAGCCUCUUUCCCGCAUGGCAUGGAGCUUGCUCACUAUCCCACAAUAACGUAGUGAUAUAAAAAAAAUCGCCACGGCAAUUGUAGUUGAAAUAUAGAGCGACUAUUUAUCUAUUCGGAAAUAAAACUGAAAAGAAAGUGAAGUAAUAAAGUCACACAGACAACAGGAAAGCAAGAUUAGGACUUGCCGUGUCGUAUUUAGUACACCUCAUUCCUUGCUUCAUGUCAGAGGCAGUAAACGGGUCAUCAAGUAAGUAAGUCACGGUGUUAAAAAAUGUUGCUAAUAUCUAUUCCCUGAAAUAAAUAUCUAGAACGUUUCAA